CAAGCAAAAGAAAGAAAGAGAGAGAAUGGGAAAGCUAAUGGCAAAGAGGUUUUGCAUUGGGUUUGGGUGCGGAAGAAUUAGGACAAGCAAUAGCAACAACCAGAGGUCAUCAUCAUCAUUAUCUUCUUCUUCAUCAUCAUCAUUAUCAUGUAACAAUAACAACAUAAAAUGGGAGAUGAGGCCUGGAGGGAUGCUGGUUCAGAAGAGAUCAGAAGAUUCCAUCACUGAAGAUUUAAUCAGCCUUAAAGUCUCCACUGUUUCUCAUCUUUCAUAUGAAAUCUCCAUUGAUGCAAACUCCACUUUCGGUGAAUUGAAGAUGGUGAUAGCAAUAGUGAGUGGAAUUGAGCCAAUUGAGCAGAGACUCUUGUUCAAAGGGAAGGAGAGAGAGGACAGAGAAUACUUAUACAUGAAUGGUGUUGGGGAUGGGGACAAAGUCUUUUUAUUACAAGAUCCUGCUUUUAAGGAGUUGAAACUUCUUCGUCUUUCUUCACCUCCCAAUUACUGCCUAGUUUGAUUCCUCACUUUAUUAAUUGAUUAAUCAAUCGAUUAAUUAGCUCUAAUCUAUUUGAAACACUCUCCUAUAGAGGAAUGCAACAAGUUCUUGUAGGAGUAUUAUGUUUGUUAAUUUGUUGUCUGUCUCACAUUUGUUAGUGUUUGAACUGAGUGAUUAAUUAUAUGUUUCUUUUUGUUAAAAGGUUUGUGAUUAAUUAUAUGUUCGAAGAUGAUAGUUUC